CAGAAAGAUGUGAUUUUCAGAAAGGAUGACAUGAAGGAGAUAAUCUUCCCAGUCAACACAAAAAAAGCAGACGAAGAUGACAAAAAAGAGGCCAGUAAAAUAAGAGCCAGCAUUGAAAGGGUGGCAAAAAAACACAAGAUUCCAAUCUGGUGGUUCAUCCUUCAAAUGAUCCUAGAAGCACUAGCUCACAGGCUUGGAAGAAGAGUGCUCAGCAAAGAUGAGUGCCUCCAUAUUUCAGAUUCACUGGGGUUUGUUGAGGGAGAACUCGAUACUGCACUAGCUUUCUUCGACAAACUCAACAUUUUCCUGUACAAGAAGAACAUUCUUCCCAACGUCGUGUUCACCAAUCCGCAAGUCCCCGUGGACAAACUCUCGAGGCUCAUCGAGAAGCAAUACCACCUGAAAGCUGCAGAGGCAGAUCCAACAAAAGCUACCAGUGUGGCAAUGGAUGGUCAGUGGAAGAACUUCCGUGACAGUGGAAUCCUCACUCUCGAAUGUCUCAAUGAAUUCAAGGCUCACUAUGUGGAUGGAAUCUUCACAGCAAGUGAUCUUCUACAACUGCUCAAGGAGCUACUCAUCAUUUCCAGAUUGUCACCCACUGAAUACUUCUUCCCGGCAGUCUUGAGUAUGACCCCAGAGUCUCGAGUCAAUCAGUUCCUUGACCGGUGCAAAGAGUCAGGGAUAGCUCCUCUAGUAGUGAAGUUCCCCACCGGCUGGGCUCCUCCUGGUGUGUACUGCUGCAGUGUGUGCCACCUUCAGUCCAAGACUGGAUGGGAGGUUGUCCACAAGCCACCCACCCCUUCUGGCAAGGAAGAAACAUCCGACACGCAACUCUGCCAGACUUCUCGCAACUCAAUCACAUUUGCAAAACAUGGGAGACCAGGCUCAGUGACAUUCAUCGACAACUUUUCCUUUUUCAUUGCCUGCGUUAACGUUGACACCAGGAAGAUGGAGCGAAAGGAAAUGGUGGAGCACUGUCAGGCCGUGAGGUCAGAGCUGUUUGCUGCUGUCGAGGCAGGUCUGGAGAACACUCACCACGAAAAAUCUCAUCCAGUCCCUGCCUUUCUCUGUCCUCACCAGAACAAGUCUUGUAGCACUAGAUUACACACUGCACAUCUCUCAGAGAAUGGUGGGAAGUGGAUAUGCUCCGUAAAUUAUGACAUUUUCAACUAUCUUACUCCAGACCAAACCCUGUGGCUUAGUGGAACAGGAGGUGUUACUCCAUCGAGAACCUCAGCCCCCAUAAUGCGAGAUCUUGCCAAUCGUGUUGCAGCCGUAAUUCCCCACAAGUGGAAGCAAGUCGCAAUUCAACUGGAUCUCAGCCGAGGUGAAAGGAAGGCCAUAGAGAAAGAUGAAGAUAAAUCCUUCGAUUGCUUCAUUGCCGUCCUUGAACAGUGGAAACAAACAGCGAAUCUGCCCUACACUUGGAAGACAAUAGUCACUGUGUUGAAGUCAGCAUCUGUUGAUGAGGCAAGAUUAGCAGAGGAGCUGGAGAAAGACUUUUGCUAGAUUCAUGCUUUUGCGUGUAGUUGUAAUAUGGUGGAUAAAUGGAUAAUGGCUCCGGGCCAUAAUUAUUUCAUUGCUCAUGAAAAUUUCCCUCCACACAAGCCCUGUAUCAUUGCCACUCUUAUUUGUGACAUACUGAAUGAUGUAGUGCGAGAACUGGUAAGAGGGCUAAGAAUGCGCAUUGUAGUUGAGCAAACAUGAACUAUAUAUGCAGUCCCAACUCAAUAACAAUGCAAAG